UCAACAGUGAUAACUACCUUAUCCGCCAAUGUCAUUCCCCUGUACAUCCGCACAAGCUCUUUCUCAGCCUCCCUACCCUGUUUCUUCUGUACAAACUCAAAUUCCGAAGCCACCAUCUCAGAUAAAAACUUACCCUCAGCCACCGCUCUCCACCACCACCACUAAAACUCUUUUUCCUCCGACCAUCACUGAAAACCCACCAAAACCCACUUCACACGCACGUUCCUUAACCUCAUGGAGCAAAGAAUUUCGAUCCCUGACCCAAGCCAAACGCUUCGAAGAGGCCAUUUCCACCUACAUUCAGAUGACCACUGUAGGCAUUACGCCGGACAACUUUAUCUUUCCAGCGGUUUUGAAGGCCACCACGGGUCUUCAUGACUUGAAUUUUGGAAAGCAGGUACAUGGUUCUGUUGUUAAGCUUGGGUAUGAUUAUUCGUCAGUUACCGUGGCCAAUACCCUGCUUCAUUUGUAUGGGAGUUGUGGAGAUGUGUCGGAAGUGUUCAAGGUAUUUGAUGGAAUGCCUGAAAGAGAUCAAGUGUCUUGGAAUACGAUGAUUAAUGCUUUGUGUAAAUUUGAGGAGUGGGAAAUGGCAUUAGAGGCGUUAAGAUUGAUGGGUAAUGAGGGAACUGAGCCUAGCUCCUUUACUUUGGUGAGUGCCGCACUGGCGUGUAGUAAUUUGGGUGGUAGUGAUGGGUUGAAGCUUGGGAAGCAAGUUCAUGGGUAUAGUUUGAGAGUGGAUGAUUGCAAGACUUUUACCAAGAAUGCUUUGAUGACUAUGUACGCAAAACUAGGAAGUGUUGGUGAUUCUAGGGCAGUAUUUGAGGUUUAUGCUAAUCGCGAUGUGGUUGCAUGGAAUACCAUUAUAAGUGCAUGUCAACAGAAUGGUCAAUUUUAUGAGGCAUUGGAGCACUUCAGAAUUAUGAUAAUUGAGGGGUUCAUGCCUGAUGGCAUGACAAUUUCGAGUAUUCUUCCUGCAUGUUCUAAUCUAGAGCUACUUGACAUUGGGAAGGAAAUUCAUGCAUUUGUUCUGAGGAAUGAAGAUUUGGUAGAGAACUCUUUCGUGGCAAGUGCAUUGGUUGACAUGUACUGCAAUUGUAAACAGGUGGAAAGUGGGAGGAGAGUGUUUGAUGGUACUCCAGAGAGGAGGCUUGGGCUUUGGAAUGCCAUGCUUGCUGGUUAUGCACGGAAUGGAUUUUAUGAGAAUGCCUUGAUGCUUUUUAUGGAUAUGAUGGAGAUUCCAGGGCUUCUGCCAAACCCAACCACAAUUGCAAGUGUCUUGCCAUCUUGCGUGCACUGUGAAGCAUUUUCCAAUAAAGAAGUCAUUCAUGGAUAUAUAAUAAAACUAGGUUUUGCUAGAGAUAGGUAUGUGCAAAAUGCAUUGAUGGACUUGUACUCUAGGAUUGGCAAGAUAACUGUUUCAGAAUAUAUCUUUUCAAUCAUGGACAGUAGAGAUAUUGUUUCUUGGAACACUAUGAUUACAGGCUGUGUAGUGUGUGGAUACCAUGAAAAUGCACUUCGUCUAAUGCAUCAAAUGCAAGAAGCAGAAAUAAGCAUGGAAUGGAAGGAUAACUAUGAGGGCAAUCUUGGAACUCCUAUUAAACCAAAUUCAAUAACACUAAUGACUGUCCUUCCUGGUUGUGCUGCCUUAUCAACACUAUCAAAGGGUAAAGAGAUUCAUGCCAAUUCUAUUAGAAAUGCCCUUGCCUCAGAUGUUGCUGUUGGUAGUGCCUUGGUUGAUAUGUAUGCCAAAUGUGGAUGUCUAGAUUUAGCAAAAAGGUUUUUUGAUGGCAUGCCUUCCAGAAAUUUGAUCUCGUGGAAUGUCAUCAUCAUGGCUUACGGGAUGCAUGGGAAAGGAAACGAAGCCUUGGAACUUUUCAAUGCUAUGGUAGUGGAUGGAUCCAGAAAUGGAGAACUGAGACCUAAUGAAGUGACCUUUAUUGCGAUUUUUGCAGCAUGCAGUCAUUCUGGGUUGGUAGAUGAAGGCCGGCAACUGUUUCAUAAAAUGAAAGAAGAUCAUGGGAUUGAACCUACAGCGGACCACUAUGCAUGUGUUAUUGACUUGCUUGGUCGAGCUGGUCAGCUUGAGGAAGCACUUCAACUCAUCAAUUCGAUGCCCAUACACUAUGACAAGGUAGGGGCUUGGAGCAGUAUGCUUGGUGCUUGCCGGGUCCACCGAAAUGUAGAACUUGCCGAAAUUUCAGCAAACAAUCUCAUUCAGUUGGAGCCAGAUGUUGCUAGCCACUAUGUUUUACUAUCUAACAUUUACUCAUCUGCUGGACUUUGGGAAAAAGCUAAUAAUGUCCGCAAGAACAUGAAGGAAAAGGGAGUGAGAAAAGAACCUGGGUGCAGUUGGAUUGAGUUUGGUGAUGAGGUUCAUAAGUUCUUGGCUGGAGACCUAUCACACCCACAAAGUGAGCAGCUCUACAGCUUUAUUGAUGAACUGUCAGAUAAGAUGAAAGAGGAGGGUUAUGAGCCUGAUACUUCCUGUGUACUUCACAAUGUUGAUGAAGAGCAGAAAGAGAAUUUGCUGUGUGGACAUAGUGAGAGAUUAGCAAUGGCCUUUGGUCUCCUAAAUACCCCUCCUGGGACUACUAUUCGAGUAGCCAAGAAUCUUAGAGUUUGCAAUGAUUGUCAUGCUGCUUGCAAAUUCAUUUCAAAGAUUGUAGAGAGGGAGAUCAUUGUGAGAGAUGUUCGCAGGUUCCAUCAUUUCAAGGAUGGUACUUGCUCUUGUGGGGAUUACUGGUGAUAUUUUGUCCCUAAUGGAAACAGACACGUUUGAGCUAAGUACAGAUAGAAACACCAAAUGUACAUUUUGUGUCAUUUGUUAUCUAGUGUUUGAUUGCUCUCUGUUGACAAUUUGAGGAUCAGCAGAGCGGAGAUGAGAUAUGAAGAAAUGUUAUACGAUCAAAAGCUUGUAAGUUCUUAAUAGUGUAUUCCAGCUGUGUCCUCCUGUCUGAUUCA